UGGGCCAGGUGGGUGCCAGCAGAGAGCAGAAGCUGAAGGGGUCAAGGCUUGAGUAACCUGCGGUCUGCAGCACCCAGAGAGGGAAGAGUGAGGGGCCCCGGCUGCCCCUCCGCAGGUGCGUGCCGGGAUGAGCUCCCCUGGCGGGGCCAGCAGCGCCUUCCCCCUGCACGUCCUGGUGUGGAACAACGACUACAGGCGGCUGGACGAGGAGCUGCAGGAGCAGGACGUUGACCAGCGGGACCCUCGGGGCAGGACCUUGCUGCACUUGGCUGUUUCCCUGGGUUACAUCGAGUCUGCCAAGGUCCUCCUGCAGCACAAGGCAGAUGUGACCAAGGAGAAUGCACAGGGAUGGACGGUUUUGCACGAGGCUGUGAGCACAGGGGAUCCAGAGAUGGUCCAGCUGAUCCUGCAGCAUCGGGACUACCAGCAGACCUCCAUGACCCUUGGAGGAGUUCCUGAGUUACUGCAGAAAAUUAAUGAGACUCCUGACUUUUAUGUGGAGAUGAAAUGGGAGUUCACUAGCUGGGUGCCCCUGGUUUCCAGGGUGUGCCCGAGCGACGUGUGCCGCAUCUGGAAGAGCCGGGCCAAGCUGCGCGUGGACAUCACCCUGCUGGGCUUUGAGAACAUGAGCUGGGAGAGGGGCAGGAGGACUGUCAUCUUCAAGGGAGAAGACUCUGGUGGCUGGGCAGAGCUCAUUGAGAUCAACCACGAUGACAAGUUUGUGACAACAGAGAGGUUUGAGAUCUCCCAGCACAUGAAACGUUUGACUCUGGGAUCCAUGACACCCAAAAGGAAAGAUGUGGAGAGGCGCCUCACAUCCCCAAUCAUCAGCACGUGCCUUGAUACCAAAAACAUUGCUUUUGAAAGAACCACAUCUGGAUUCUGGGUAUGGAGGACAGAAAAAUCAGAAGGUGUCAAUGGUUAUGAAGCCAAGGUCUACACAGCAAACAAUGUGAACGUGAUCACACGGAUCAGAACAGAGCAUUUAACAGAAGAGGAGAAGAGGAGAUAUAAAGCUGAUAGGAGCCCUCUGGAAUCAUUCCUGGGGACAGUGGAGCACGAAUGUGGUGCUCAGAGUACAUCCAGAACUACAGAAUAUGCUGCAACCAACAAUCCCACUGCUAUAACUCUGGAGGAAUACUUCAACCCAGAGUUUGAUUUGAAAGGCAGAGACAUAGGAAGACCAAAGGAAGUCACUGUUAGAACACAGAAAUUUAAAGCAACCCUGUGGAUGAGUGAAGAGUUCCCCUUGUCUCUCAUGGAACAAGUCACUCCAAUCAUUGACCUGAUGGCCAGAACCAGUGCUCAUUUUGCCAGACUUAGGGAUUUCAUCACUCUGGAAUUUCCACCAGGAUUUCCUGUCAAAAUUGAAAUUCCCCUGUUUCAUGUGCUGAAUGCUCGAAUUACUUUUGAAAAUGUCAACAGCUGCAGGACAGCUGAGAGACCCUCUCCUGGAGGUGCACAGAGUGAUGCAGGUGCUAAUUUUGAGGUUGACCAGUCGGUGUUUGAGAUCCCCAAGUCCUACCAUGUCCAGGAUGAUGGCAGGAACAUCCACGUGCAGGAUGAGGAUAAUGAGAUCAUGCAGUUUGCCAUCCAGCAGAGCUUGUUGGAGUCUGGUGCAAAUAAAGAAUUGGAGAUGCUUUCCAAUGGAGCAGUUGCAUAUUCCUCAGACUUCAACAUGCAGUAUCAGAAGGCCCUUCAGGAGAGCUUCCUGUCAGGAUCAGGGACCUCCCACAGCAGCACCUCCAGUGAAGCCUCCAGCUUUGAGAAGGACUUGCAGCUUGCCAUGGAAUUGUCAGUGAGGGAGCAGGAGGAGCAGGAGAAGCAGCGUCGGGAGCAGGAGGAUGCAGAGCUUCAGCAAGUUUUACAGCUCUCUCUUGUGGAAAAAUAACUCCUAAGUGACCUCCUGAAGCAGGGAUGACCAAAUCUGUGUAAAACUGGAGAUUGUCAGAGCUGUCAGUCUGAAGACCACUCCUGGAUUGCUUAAGGAAACGUUUUGCUGCCUUCUAAGUUGGCAUCAGCUGCAAAAAGCUGAUUUAUUUUUGUUUGGGGGAGUUGUACAUCACAGGACUCCACAUCUGGCUCCCCAGCCAUGCAGUCUUAGCUUUGAAGGAAAUGUUUUUAUCUAAACUUAUUUAUUGAAGAGCAGAUGGAAAUUUUGCUUUGCAUCAGGAUGUAGGAUUGCAGUAAAGCUUGAAAGCCUGAUUUAUGGGGAGUUCAGGAGGGAAACUUCAUUACUUACCAAAGAAAUACUCAUCUGCUUCAUUAUUUCUUAAUAAUUCAAAGCCAUUGCCUGUUUUUCCAGCUGUUUCAUGGGAGAGCAUCUCCCUGCCUCUACACACACUGUAGUUCUUCAUGCUGACAGAUGGUUUCUGUUAGUUUUGUUUAGAUAUGGUUAUCUCUCCUCUAGUUAUUGAGAUUUUUGGCUUAAGAGGGAUAAUUUUAUACUUGAACAGCUCAUCCAAGCUCCAGAUUAAACUAGUGCUUUCUGAAAAAAGGACAAACCAAGUAGCCAGUAACAUUUUAGAUGCUGAAAUGGGACCAUCUGUCCAGUACAGCAGCAAUUUCUGCAUUGAUUCCAAACCAGCUCUUUCCCCUGCUCAGAGGGCAGCAAGAAAUUAAGGCAUAGAUAGAUACAGGUGCUUCUUUGGGAUCUCUUGGUGUGCAUGGCUGAGUGUGGGUGCUAAAAGCAGCCAGGCAAAGAAUUCAGGGGAGAUUUUCAUGUGUCCUUAUUGGAAGAGAAGUUUCAUUCUGCAAGGGAAACGUGUGUUGCUUUUUAAAACCCCAGCUCUCGUCCUUCAUGUGAAUACAUCUAUUUUUUUACCUGAAUAUUUGUAUUGAUUUUAAACCAAACCACUAGGCCUACACUCAUCCAACUGGUCUUGUAACGAUUCCUAGGUCUGUUUUAACCAGCUUUCCUCAGGUUUUUGGCCAUGCAGGAUCUUUGUAGCUCUUUUAUCUGCACUCCUCUCGGUGUUUACAGUACUCACACUGUGACUCUCAAGUGCACUCCACAGGUACACGGUGAACAGCCACAGGAAAGCCUUACACUUGUUAAAUGUGAGCAAUAUCCCUCUGCCCUGCCUGCCAGGGCUGGAGGAACCUUUGGUACAGCUGCUCUGAGCUUGCUCCUAACACUGCUCCUGUUCCUCAGGCUGAACAGGGCACUUCUGGGUGACCAACUAUUAAUUAACCAAUGUAAAAUCACUCUAAAAUGGACUUGAUCAUAACCAGUGGGGCAGUUGGAAGCCUAUUUUAAACCAGUAAUCCAUUGUUUUACAUAGGAGAUGAUUACAAUUCCUUCAGUGUACACUAGGACUGGCCUGUCCACACUGGGUUUGUUCCCUGGCACAACUUGCAUCGCUGAAAACAGCUGCUGGAAUGGGGACUGUCCCGCACAGGGGCUGGGUUGGGAUUUCUUUCUUUGCAAAAGGGGAUUCCUGUGACUGUCACAGUUGGGAGAAGGGAGGGGAUCUCAUGUUGAGCUCCUGGCAGGGUGGGAGGCAGGAGCUGGAGCUGUGGGCAUUCCUCCAGUGGGAAUAAAGAGUGCUGUUGCCUUUACAAACCCUGCCUGGCAUUGCCUGUCUUCUGCUAAGCUUUUCAAAGGUUACAAGAAGGGUAAAAAUAGCAUUUUUUCAAGCUGACUUGUUCUGGUUUUAUAUUUAAACUAAAGAACAUUGAGCACUUUCAGUUGAAGUUUUGUUACGCUCCUGCUUCUUAGUCUGGGACUGUAAAAUAAAUUGGAUGGAUUAGCUUUGGGGUUUUUUUUUUUUGCUUUCUUUGACAUUUGUAUCAUUCCAGCUAAAACUAGAAGGCCCUGCUUCCCUCAGCCAGGUGCUGCUUCUCUUAAAGCCUGACUUAACCCUUUCAUGUAAGAUGGACAUGCUCUGUGUGCUGGAAGAAAAACCAAAGGUACUGCACAUUACACCACACACAGGUAUUUUUUCUCACUGUAUUUGGAGUAUUUUUUUCUAUUAAUUAUCUUUUUGUACAUUAAAGUGACAUUAUCAUCUGUGAAACUCUCCAGGGUAGUUCUGGCUUUUGGACAUUUUCAACGAAAUUUUGAGUCUCCCUGUCUUGAAAAGGGGGGAUCAGUACAACACAGAAGUUAAGGAAGUGAAAAGCAGGAAAUCCUAUUAAUUUCUCUCUGCAGCUUCUUGUGAGAGAGGUGCAGAGAGUUCUGAGUGGGUUUAAUAUUAGGGCCAAAACUGUUGUGUAAACAGUCCAACCUCUCUCUGAGGCAGCUUGAGGCUGAUGUGGGAAAGAGAAGCUCAGAGUUACAAACACCUGUAGCUUCUUCUAAAACUAUAACCAGCUUUAAAAGUUCUUUAAUUUCAUGCUGCUAGUUCCUGAAAGCAAGACUGUGCUUUUUUUUUUUUUUGUGCUUUUGACCCCAUUUCAAAGCUUUUCACAUCAGCAAUUCAUGAUUCUGUUUAUUUGGAAACCCUUCUUACACUGCUUUGGCCGAGUUUUGAUUCAUAGCUGAGCUGCUGGAAACUGCACAACGUUUGUAGGAUCUGCUUCCAUUGUGCUGUUAAAGGGCUCCUUGCUGACAGACAUCCAUGGAAACAUUCCCCCAGCCCUGCCAUCCUCUUCCCUGGCUUUCCCCAGCACUGCAAUCCCACUAAAAACAAGGUAGGAGCCAUGAGGGGACCAGAGGUGGGAACCAGGACAGCCUCACCCCUUUCCAGCCCAGUUAAUAACAAACAGCACAGCCAUUGAAUAAAUAAGAGCCUGGAUUGUUUACUGAGCGUUUUUAUUUGUACAAAGAGGCAUAGCAGGGAGUGAGGAAUGAGAGCAAACAGGAAUUCUGCUCCUGGGAAUGCAGAGCUGGGGCUGGGAGCUUCACCAUCCACCCCCACGAGCAGCACAGGCUGCAGGCCAGGCUUCACAGCGAUGAAGGAGCAGGGGAAAUCAGGAACACAGGAAUCAAAAGGAGGAGCAGAAAGCAAUAGAAAGAACAGUGCUGCCUUGCUGCCUCACUCUUGGAUUAACAACUCCAUCUGCUCGAGGCCAGGCUCACUCUGUCAUUUCUCAAAACAAAGAAAAUCCCUGUUCAAUGCCAGCACUCAGCGUCCUUGAAACAGAACAGAAAACACCUAAGAGGCAGCACGAGGGCUUGAGAACAGGUCAACAACAAUUGUUCUGGAAGUUACAUUUUAAAACUCUAAAUAAA